GAGCCCCCAGGAAACAAAAGCCUCUCACUGAAAUGUGCGGGCCCCAGGUUUCCCUUUGAAAGGGCUAAGUGCUUCAGACACAGAUGGGCUAAUAGUUAGCAGGUCCGUGGAUGAGUGCCAGCUACCCGGCCCUGGACACUGGAGUUUCUGCUGGCAGGCCCAGACCAGCAAAGCUGCUGCUGUGUACCACCAGGGCUGCAGGCAGAGCAGGGCUUGAUGUGGGGUCCUAGAGGUGGGGCCACUGGCCUUUCCGGGUCUGCUCCAAGAAGCAUUAGUACUCCAGAGGGAAGAGGUGAGGCUAACAGCUUGGUCAGCUCUUGCAGAGGCUGAAGGCUCUGCCUGGGAAAGGUGAGUCAAUUCGGUGGGGAACCGCGCUGGGGAACCGGGAUCUGCAGCUGAGUUACGUUUGCCCGAUGCCAGCUGCUGAACACCUGGACCCAGUUCCUGACCGCUUCAUCCUGCAGCCACCCGUCUUCCACCCGGUGGUUCCCUAUGUCACAACCAUUUUUGGUGGCCUGUAUGCAGGCAAGAUGGUCAUGCUGCAGGGUGUGGUCCCUCUACGUGCACAAAGGUUUCAAGUAGACUUCCAGUGUGGGUGCUGCCUGUAUCCUCAGCCAGAUGUUGCCUUCCACUUCAACCCUCGCUUCUACACCAUCAAGCCCCAUGUCAUCUGCAACACCCUCCAAGGUGGACUCUGGCAAAAAGAGGUCCGUUGGCCAGGUGUCACCCUGCAGAGAGGGGCUAGCUUCCUCAUCCUCUUUCUCUUUGAGAGUGAAGAAGUGAAGGUGAGUGUAAACGGAAAGCAUUUUCUCCGCUACCGCUACCGGCUCCCACUGUCACGCGUGGACACCCUUGGCAUAUCCGGUGACAUCUUGGUAAAGGCUGUUGGAUUCCUGAACAUAAAUCCAUUUGUGGAGGGUAGCAGGGAGUACCCAGUCGGAUAUCCUUUCCUGCUCUACAGCUCCAGGCUGGAGGUGCCCUGCUCAUGCACUCUUCCUCGGGGUCUCUGGCCUGGGCAAGUUAUUGUAGUUCGAGGACUGGUCUUGAAAGAGCCAAAAGAUUUCACCCUGAGCCUGAGGGAUGGGGCCACCCAUGUUCCUGUGACACUCAGGGCCUCCUUCACAGACAGAACACUGGCUUGGGUCUCCUCCUGGGGACGAAAGAAGCUGAUCUCAGCCCCCUUCCUAUUUUACCCCCAGCGGUUCUUCGAGGUACUGCUUAUGUGCCAAGAGGGAGGGCUGAAGCUGGCACUCAACGGGCAGGGGCUGGGAGCCACCAGCCUGGACCAGAAAGCCCUGGAGCAGCUGCGGGAGCUAAGGAUCAGUGGAAGCGUCCAUCUCUACUGUGUCCACUACUAAGGAGGGCUCCAAGGCCACCCCAGCUGGAGAAGAAGAAGAGAUGCAGCUACAGCCAGGGCCCCCACUCUGCUGUUCUGACUAGAACAUUGACUUGUCAUCACUGUGUUAGGCCUAGUUCACAUCUGUGUCACAAGCCUGAGUCUACAAGGGCAUCACACACACACACACACACACACACACACACACACACACACACACUGCAUUUUAAUCUAUCAAUUCUGAAAACAAGGGCCCAGGUCAAUGUGUCUCUGCACCCAUCUUCUGCAUUCAGACUCUGUCUUACCCUCAUUCCAACACUCCAUGGGACCAUGUGGCUGGAACUCUAUCCAGACCCAGGCACUGAGAAGGCAAGUAGAGUGUAAACAAGAUGAGCCCCAGGCCUGUGAUCAUCACACACCAUCUACACUCACAUUUUCAUCUACACUCAAGUUUUAUCUACCAUCAC